AUGGAAGAUCAAGCUCCAGGGCCAAAUAGUCCGAUCCAUGGUUCAGAGAGGAGUGAACCAGUCAGAUCAAGGUGGACUCCAAAGCCGGAACAAAUCCUCAUACUUGAGUCCAUCUUUAAUAGUGGCAUGGUAAACCCUCCUAAAGAUGAAACUGUGAGAAUAAGAAAGCUGCUUGAGAAAUUUGGUUCUGUUGGCGAUGCUAAUGUCUUCUACUGGUUCCAAAAUAGACGUUCAAGGUCUCGCCGCCGACAACGACAGCUGCAAGCUAGCCUUGCAGGAGAACAAAGAAACCAAGCACAAGUAAUUGGUGGUGGUGGUUGUGGUGGUGCAAUUCAGCAUGAAAAUAGCAGCAGCGCGCCUGCUAUGGGGUUUGCAAAUUCUCCUUCUAAUGUAGCUUCUUCUCCUCCUUUCCUCGUUGGUUCCUCUUCUUGUGGUGUCAUGGUUGAUGAUGGAAUGGAAAAUCUACACCCAAUGUCUCCUCAUAUGGGGUUUCAAGAAAUUGGGCAAAGCUCCAGUGUAACAUCAGUUUUGUGCCCAUCAGAAACUUCGAAUUUGCACUACCAGUCUGGAUUCAUCACAGUCUUCAUCAAUGGAGUACCAACAGAAGUUCCAAGAGGACCACUUGACAUGAAAGCCAUGUUUGGUGAAGAGGUAGUGUUGGUCCAUUCCUCGGGUGUGCCUGUCCCCAUGAAUGAGUUUGGCUUCUUACUUCAGAGCUUGCAGCAUGGCGAAAGCUAUUUCCUUGUAAGUACAUUUGGGAGACAACUAUGUGCCAAGCUCUAUGGCUAG